CGUCAUUGUACUCAGCCUGUGCGACAGAGUGAGCCUCUGGGGGGAAAGAAAAAGAAAAAAAGGACUAAUUAUUCAGAGGAUUUAGGGCUUGCUCUGAUAUUUCACUACUGAAACUUAGAUGGUGGUGAUUUCAUCAUACUGAUGAAAUGGAACAAAGACAAAGUCUUCCCUGGUCUUUGUGCCCUCCCCUCUUUCUUGUAUUUAAAUAUUGCAAGUUGUGUUGUUAGCCCUAAACUGAACCUGUUUCUUGGUGUUAUUCUUGGUCUUCCAGAGGAUGCUGUGAGUCUAAUAUGGUAGUUUGCAUGUAUCUUCUUUAGCAGAGGACCAAACUUUCAUCUAAACAGUCUAAAAUGUAUGGAUAUUCACAACCGACAGUUUUGUGAAGUCUCCUUCCUGGCCGAACCACAGGCCAGAGUGGAGUCACAGGACUAACUUGCAUAUACUGUAUUUUAUGGAAUAUUUCCCGCAUGAUCAGGAAGUAAUGGUAACAGCCUUUUCUUUUUUCUUAAAAUUUAAAUACCUGUUUCUCUUUAGUUGACUAGAAGAGGUGCAAGCAGUGGAGAUGGGAAACGGGCAGAUAGUGUUUAUUACCGCUGAUGCCUGCGUGCGUGCACUCUCCGUGUUCGAGUGACGGAAUGCGGGUGUUUAGGAAAACCACUAAUCAUAAUGAUUCUGAAACUUCAUUUCUGGCCAGCUGUGUAUGUCUUGGGGUUUCUACUUUUCUUACUAACCUUGCUGAGAAUUAGCAUACAUCAGAAUAUCUGCCUCACGGCCUCCUUUCCAGUUCUCUAAUUGGGUGCUGUUGAUCAUUGAAGGAGCCAAAAGAUAUGUCCCAAUAGAAGGAAGAGGAAAAAAGCCAAAUAGUCAUCCCCUGAAUGUCCUUUAAUUGACUCUGUAUGACUUAUGCUGCAGCGGGGAUGCAUGCCAAACGCUUGCUCACUGUUAGCAGGAACACGAGGCACUGGAGAGCACUAAGUAAGGAUCUGCUCGGGACGCACACCCUCGGAACGAUUGGGGAGCGACUCUUUUCUACCCUCUGUGUUCUCUAGGGAAUUGUAUAUUGAGGUUAGCCCACCGCUUCUUUCCCAGUGCCACGGGAUUCUCAGAUGGCCUCCUGUCUGCUGAGCCAUAGGAGCUAGGUCUGUAAUCUUAAGAGCCAGACUUGUUUUUAGCCACAGUUUCAGCAUCUAUUAAGUGGGAGAAUUGUAGCGGAGCAUCUGUGAGACACUAUGUAUAAUUCUGCUUUUAAAAUGGUGGAUACCAGCUAGUCCCUAAGGAAGACCACCAUCUACCUCCCUGGGAGAUUAUAUUAUAUAUAUAAUUGUGUGUGUGUGUGUGUGUGUGUGUGUAUUUAUGUUUACAUAUUUUUUUAUGUAAAAAGUUCUGGCAUGUACAUAAGCUUUAAUGAUUUAGGAAACAAGAGUUGGCCAUUGUGGAGAGAAUUCCAAAUGGGCCUUAAGUGGUUGAUAGCCUGGGUGACUUCACUCCUGAGCAAAGUUGACAUCUACCUUCAGUGUAAAUAAGUUACUGUGUGUGAAGCGUUAGAAUCCAGAAGGGCCUCAUUAGAUGGUUCAACAACUAGGAAACAACACACUGAAAGUAUUAGUAAGGCAUGUUUCCAGUUCCUUUGGAUGCAUCUGAGGAAAACGUUCAGUGCCAUGUGAGCUUGGCCACCAUCUUCCUCCCCUUGGAAGGGCAUGACAGAAGCGUGGGGUAGUGUUGAGAGCAUAUGUUAUGGACAUUAUCAUUGCCAGUUGAAGUUCAAAGGCUUCAAGGGAAUUGACUUUAAAAAUCAAAAAGCUAUGACAUAUGAAAGGAGAUGUGUACUCCAGUUGUCUGAGGCCAGGGAGCUGGCCAGCCCUCAGUUGGACUCCUGCCUUUUUCACCCCUCCCAGCAGCUGCCAGGCCACAGAGCCGGUUCUGUGAAAGAUCCUUAAGAAACAAUGAGAGAAAACAGCUUCUGUUUGAUUAGAUUAGAUCAAUUUAUGUGCCUUGAGGAGGGGCCUGUGCAGGGCAGGGGGAGGGGUGCCCCCAUGUUGUUGGUGGGGGCAGUCGUCGCCCAUGUGGUCACUUCGUACGUAAUGAGGCUCGGUUGAAGCUGGAAUCCGAGGAAGGGGGAGGGCAGGCUGGAGGAGGAGCAUGUGGAAAGAGAUUUCUGCAGUCUGUCUGGAGAGCUGCCCAGGUUUCCCAGCCAAAAAAACAAAUAAAAAUAAAUAAAAGGCAAGUGCUGAAUGACACAGAUUAUGAUAUUAAAAAGGGAUGCCAUUGAAACUGUGCCUUGGAGCCUGCUGUCCUUGGGGGUGGGGUGUGCUUGGCAGUGGGGUGGGGGCAUCUGACCGGCUGGGGACACAAAAGUGUGCAGAAUUAAACUGUGAAUGUCCCCCUCCCCCCCCAUAUGUCAGAAAUUCUAUACUUCAGAUUUGUCUGCAUUGCAGGUUGGGGAAAUGGCUGGAUGAAAAGCUAGUGGCUCUUUUCCUUUCUCUUAUUUUAAUUUAUCGGGGUGGGGGGAGCCAGCCGGAGACCCCUCCUCUUCGGUGUUCGAUUCCCUCCCAUGCACAUAAAUAACCUUCUCUCCUGGCUGCCUCCCCUCCCCCUCGGCCCCAUUGCUGUUCUGGCUGUCCUAUUGCCGCGCGGAAUCUGCACUGCCGCUUGCUUAUUACGUACAGGGGAGGAUUGUUGACAAGUGCUCCGGAACCUGCCUCACUGCGCUCUUCCUCCCUCCCUCCCUCUGUCCUUCUUCCUCUCUGUCUCUCUGCAAUGAUCCGGCUCUGAGGAUGGCUGCUCCACGGGUCUGUCAGGUGCAGUUUUUGAUGGCUUAUCUUGAGGAACCUGGGAUAGAAGGGCUCCUUGGUAAUGACCAGUCUAAGGGAUUAGGACCAGCAUCAGAACAGUCAGAGAAUGAGAAGGACGAUGCAUCCCAAGUGUCCUCCACUAGCAACGAUGUUAGUUCUUCAGAUUUUGAAGAAGGGCCGUCGAGGAAAAGGCCCAGGCUGCAAGCACAAAGGAAGUUUGCUCAAUCUCAGCCGAAUAGUCCCAGCACAACUCCUGUAAAGAUAGUGGAGCCAUUGCUACCCCCUCCAGCUACUCAGAUAUCAGACCUCUCUAAAAGGAAGCCUAAGACAGAAGAUUUUCUUACCUUUCUCUGCCUUCGAGGUUCUCCUGCGCUGCCCAACAGCAUGGUGUAUUUUGGAAGUUCUCAGGAUGAGGAGGAUGUCGAGGAGGAAGAUGAUGAGACCGAAGAUGUCAAAACAGCCACCAACAAUGCUUCAUCUUCAUGCCAGUCAACUCCCAGGAAAGGAAAAACCCACAAACAUGUUCACAACGGGCAUGUUUUCAAUGGUUCCAGCAGGUCAACACGGGAGAAGGAACCUGUUCAAAAACACAAAAGCAAAGAAGCCACUCCCGCGAAGGAGAAGCACAGCGACCACCGGGCUGACAGCCGCCGGGAGCCGGCUUCGGUGAACCACCCCGCAGCGACCCCCCCCACGGGUUCCUCGGCCAAGGGGCCUGCUGCCAACCACCACCACCCCUCUCUGCAUCGGUCGGCUCAGGACUUACGGAAGCAGGUCUCUAAGGUAAACGGAGUCACUCGAAUGUCAUCUCUGGGUGCAGGUGCAACCAGUGCCAAAAAGAUGCGCGAGGUCAGACCUUCACCAUCCAAAACUGUGAAGUACACUGCCACGGUGACGAAGGGGGCUGUCACAUACACCAAAGCCAAGAGAGAACUGGUCAAGGACACCAAACCCAAUCACCACAAGCCCAGUUCCGCUGUCAACCACACAAUCUCAGGGAAAACUGAAAGUAGCAAUGCAAAAACCCGCAAACAGGUGCUAUCCCUCGGGGGGGCGUCCAAGUCCACCGGGCCUGCCGUCAAUGGCCUCAAGGUCAGUGGCAGGUUGAACCCAAAGUCAUGCACUAAGGAGGUGGGGGGGCGGCAGCUGCGGGAGGGGCUGCGGAACUCCAAGAGGAGACUGGAAGAGGCACAGCAGGCGGAGAAGCCGCAGUCGCCCCCCAAGAAGAUGAAAGGGGCGGCUGGCCCCGCCGAAGGCCCUGGCAAGAAGGCCCCGGCCGAGAAAGGUCUGCUGAACGGACACGUGAAGAAGGAAGUGCCCGAGCGCAGCCUGGAGAGAAACCGGCCGAAGCGGGCCACGGCCGGGAAGAGCACGCCAGGCAGACAAGCACACGGCAAGGCGGACGGCGCCUCCUGUGAAAAUCGUUCUACCUCGCAACCGGAGUCCGUGCCCAAGCAGCACGACUCGGGCAAGGCCGAGAAGGGCGGCGGCAAGGCCGGGUGGGCGGCCAUGGACGAGAUCCCCGUCCUCAGGCCCUCCGCCAAGGAGUUCCACGACCCGCUCAUCUACAUCGAGUCGGUCCGCGCUCAGGUGGAGAAGUUCGGGAUGUGCAGGGUGAUCCCCCCUCCGGACUGGCGGCCCGAGUGCAAGCUCAACGACGAGAUGCGGUUCGUCACGCAGAUUCAGCACAUCCACAAGCUGGGCCGGCGCUGGGGCCCCAACGUGCAGCGGCUGGCCUGCAUCAAGAAGCACCUCAAAUCUCAGGGCAUCACCAUGGACGAGCUCCCGCUCAUAGGGGGCUGCGAGCUCGACCUGGCCUGCUUUUUCCGGCUAAUUAAUGAGAUGGGCGGCAUGCAGCAAGUGACUGACCUCAAAAAAUGGAACAAACUAGCAGACAUGCUGCGCAUCCCCAGAACUGCCCAGGACCGGCUGGCCAAGCUGCAGGAAGCCUACUGCCAGUACCUGCUGUCCUACGACUCCCUGUCUCCCGAGGAGCACCGGCGGCUGGAGAAGGAGGUGCUGAUGGAGAAGGAGAUCCUGGAGAAGCGCAAGGGGCCGCUGGAAGGCCACACAGAGAAUGACCACCACAAGUUCCACCCCCUGCCCCGCUUCGAGCCCAAGAAUGGGCUCAUCCACGGCGUGGCCCCCAGGAACGGCUUCCGCAGCAAGCUCAAAGAGGUGGGCCAGGCCCAGCUGAAGACCGGCCGGCGGCGACUCUUCGCUCAGGAAAAAGAAGUGGUCAAGGAGGAGGAGGAGGACAAAGGCGUCCUCAAUGACUUCCACAAGUGCAUAUAUAAGGGAAGGUCUGUUUCUCUAACAACUUUUUAUCGAACAGCGAGGAAUAUCAUGAGCAUGUGCUUCAGCAAGGAGCCUGCCCCAGCCGAAAUUGAGCAAGAGUACUGGCGGCUGGUGGAAGAGAAGGACUGCCACGUGGCUGUGCACUGUGGCAAGGUGGACACCAACACUCACGGCAGUGGAUUCCCAGUGGGAAAAUCAGAGCCCUUUUCAAGGCACGGAUGGAACCUCACCGUCCUCCCCAAUAACACAGGGUCCAUCCUGCGUCACCUCGGUGCUGUGCCUGGAGUGACUAUUCCCUGGCUAAAUAUUGGCAUGGUCUUUUCUACCUCAUGCUGGUCUCGAGACCAAAAUCACCUUCCAUACAUCGACUACUUACACACUGGUGCUGACUGCAUUUGGUAUUGCAUUCCUGCUGAGGAGGAGAACAAGCUGGAGGAUGUGGUCCACACCCUGCUGCAAGCCAACGGCACCCCAGGCCUGCAGAUGCUGGAAAGCAACGUCAUGAUCUCCCCGGAGGUGCUGUGCAAAGAGGGGAUCAAGGUGCACAGGACGGUGCAGCAGAGCGGCCAGUUCGUCGUCUGCUUCCCGGGAUCCUUUGUGUCCAAAGUGUGCUGUGGCUACAGCGUGUCUGAAACUGUGCACUUUGCUACCACCCAGUGGACAAGUAUGGGCUUUGAGACCGCCAAGGAAAUGAAGCGUCGCCAUAUAGCUAAGCCAUUCUCCAUGGAGAAGUUACUCUACCAGAUUGCACAAGCAGAAGCAAAAAAAGAAAAUGGCCCCACCCUCAGCACCAUCUCUGCCCUUCUGGAUGAACUCAGGGAUACGGAGCUGCGGCAGCGCAGGCAGCUGUUCGAGGCUGGCCUCCACUCCUCCGCGCGCUACGGCAGCCAUGACGGCAGCAGCACGGUGGCGGACGGGAAGAAAAAGCCUCGAAAGUGGCUGCAGUUGGAGACGUCGGAGAGGAGGUGUCAGAUCUGCCAGCACCUGUGCUACCUGUCCAUGGUGGUACAAGAGAACGAAAACGUCGUGUUCUGUCUGGAGUGUGCUCUGCGUCACGUGGAGAAGCAGAAGUCCUGCCGCGGGCUGAAGCUCAUGUACCGCUACGACGAGGAACAGAUUAUCAGUCUGGUCAAUCAGAUCUGCGGCAAAGUGUCUGGUAAAAAUGGCAGCAUUGAGAACUGUCUCAGUAAACCCACACCAAAAAGAGGCCCCCGCAAGAGAGCCACAGUGGACGUGCCCCCCUCCCGGCUGUCAGCCUCCGGUUCAUCCAAAAGUGCUUCAAGCUCAUCAUGAAGAUGCCAACGCCCGUGGUCGAUUUAUAUAUAUUUUUUUGUAAUUAUUAUAUUCUAGUUUGGAGUACUUGCUGUAGGAUUCAAGCUGUCUUUGCACUAGCUCUAAAGAAGAUUUUCUUCUGGUUUUAGAGAACUAAUUUUGUUUUAGCAUUAAACUGUUGAACUUUUUUUUGUACUUAGAAAACCUAGAUACUGCAGUCAGAUUUUGGAAACUGCCGUAUAGUCACUGUUUUAAAAAUCCUUGAGGGGCUGUAUUAAUUUGUAUUGCCCCUGGCUGACAAAAAGCCUUUUUGUUUUGAUUUUUUUUUUUUUUUUUUUUUUUUUUUGUAACUGUUGGGGGAAAAAAAGGCUUUUUAACCCAUUUUUGAAGAGGGUGAAGUUUGGAGAACAAAUUUAAAAACCAUCAGUCAUGUGAGCAGAUUUUUUAGAAGGGAUAGGAGACACACGCACACACGCACGCACACACACACACACACACAAAACUUGAAAAGAAAUGGCUUUGCUUUGGCUGUCGUUGUCUGCCGUGGCCAGAUGAGCUUGUGAUCUGGGAAGCCGGGGCACCCCCGUUUUGUUUCUCUGGGCGGUUGUGGCAGCUGAAGGCGGACGUUGUUUCCUGACCACAGGCGGAACGAGGAGCCGGGAGCGAGUGGGCUCUCCACCAGCACAUCACUAUGCAUCUGUUCAAGGAAGGAAGGAAGGAAUGCCAGCGAGGAAGACGGAAGAGACUGCCUGCCUUGGAGGGGUCACGUGAGGGAGACCUGUGCCUGAUUUCAUUAGGAAAUCCAUUCUGUUAUUUUUUGGUGCUGUUGGCUACUUUAUCAAAAAACCCUUCAAUAGCAUCCUUAAGAUAUUUAAAAAAAAAAAAAAAAAAAAAAAAGGAAAAAAGUGAUGGAAGCCGUAAGUGCUUCUUGGUCAUCGACGUGCAAUCUUCUAACAUUCCAUCGCCAUCUCACCGCUUCUUGUUUGACACCUUCACAAGUCAGCAUUAAUCUUUCUUUUUAAAUUUGUUUCCUUUAUGAUCACCUAUAGAGAGCCACUAGGAGGCCUGCAGUUCUUUUUGAAUGUGAAAAUGCAUUUGCGCUCAUCUUGUCUAUUUUUUCUCUUCAUGUUGUAACAAAAAGGAAAAAAAAAAAAAAAAAUCCCAUCCCUUUUGUACAUACGCCUGUAAAUUGUUUUAAAUACUUGAGCCUUUUUCUCGGUGGGGGGUGGGGAGGGGGGUGAGAAGACAAGAUGAAGAAAAGCCUUACAUUUCAGUUUCUUCAUCGGUUGGAGUGGAUGCUUACAGGGUUUUUCUUGUAACAUUUAUAAGUGCUGCUUACAUCACUGAACAACAACAACAAAAUAAUAAUGGAGUAGCUGUUGCCCUUCUCCGGUUGUGUGUACAGUAUGUGUGGAAUAAAAAAGGGAAACUGUUUUCACAAGCUGUUCUUUGUUUCAUAAUUGGAUUCAUCAAUCCCGUAGCUACCCAUGUUGCACUGAGCUUGCCAGUGGUGACUGCCAGGAGCGUCCUAUGAUCCACUUUGUUGGUUGUUGUUGCAGAAGACUGAACUGUUUUGGAAUAUUUAACAAUUACAGAAACAGAGUCAAGUGUUUUCCAAUGUGGUUGUCCGGUUUCUAUGGCCUUGCUGUGUACUUUCCCUCUUUUUGACAGUAAACUUCUGCCUAUGGCUUA